UAUGAAGUUGAAGACAUUCGCGAUCAUCGUGGUGCUGCUGGUGAAAGAGAAUAUCUGGUAAAAUGGGUUGGUUAUGGUGAACGGGCAAACACAUGGCAAAUGGCUAACGAUUUUACCAAUCCCACAAUAAUACAAAAGUAUUGGAAGAAG